AUGAGCAACAUGUCGACUCACUCCAACAUGUCGCGCCUGGAACCCGUCGAGUCGCCCGUCCAGAGAUCGGCCGUCGGUCGCAAAGUCCACAGCAUGUGGAAGGCUGUCGAUCGCUUCGAUAAGACAGUCUCCUCGUCCACUUUCGGCCGCAUCUUCAGACUCGAGGGAAGCGGUCAUCCUAAAGAGAUCCCCGAUACGACCUUCUUGAGAGAGAUCCGAGCAGGCGUUACGACCUUUGCUACCAUGGCCUACAUUAUCGCCGUGAAUGCAAUCAUUCUCUCGCAGACGGGCGGCACUUGUGAAUGCGACUUGGAGAACCGAAGCGAUUGCGACAAUAUUCUCAGCUACAAGGAGUGUAAAGAGGGUGUCCGACUUGAUUUGAUUACCGCGACCGCGGCCCUUGCUGGACUUUCCAGCUUCAUAUUCGGCUUCUUCACCAACCUGCCAGUGGCGCUCGCUCCCGGCAUGGGCCUCAACGCCUACUUUGCCUUCCAGGUGGUCGGUCCCAACGGCUCGGGGGCCAUUCCGUACCGGGUGGCUCUCACGGCAGUCUUCGUCGAGGGCCUCAUCUUCAUCUUUCUCGCUCUUACCGGAAUGCGUCAGUGGCUGGUCAAACUUAUCCCCGCUACCAUCAAGACGGCAACAGGAGUCGGCAUUGGCUUCUUCCUGACGGAAAUUGGCCUUUCGUACUCCGCGGGCAUCGGUGCCAUCACCGGAGGUUGGAAGUCUAGCCCGCUGGCCAUCGCCGGCUGCCCUGUCGAGAUGAUUGACCCCCAGACCCAGAUGUGCGCUGGUGGCAUCAUGUCGAGCCCAAAGAUGUGGACUGCCAUCUUCGCCGGCGGUGUUGUCACGGCCUACUUGAUGUCGUUCCGAGUCAAGUAUGCACUCAUCAUGGGUAUUGCUCUGGUGUCGAUCUUGUCAUGGCCACGAAACACGUCCAUCACCUACUUCCCCUACAACGAGGAGGGCGAGAACCGUUUCAACUUUUUCAAGAACGUUGUCACGUUCCACCCAAUCGAGCACACCCUCAACGUCCUUGACUGGGACGUGACCAAGAACGGAUCGCAGUUCGCCCUCGCCCUCUUCACAUUCCUCUAUGUCGACAUUAUUGAUGCCACGGCCACCAUGUACUCGAUGGUCCGCUUCUGUGGUGUUGUUGACCCCAAAGACGGCGAUUUCCCUCGCUCCACCAUUGCCUACUGCUGCGACGCGGCAUGCAUCUCCAUCGGCUCACUGUUCGGUUGUUCUCCUGUUACAGCGUUCAUUGAGAGUGGCGCGGGCAUCGCUGAGGGCGGUCGCACCGGAUUGACGUCCAUGACCACCGGUCUUUGCUUCCUCAUUUCCAUCUUCUUUGCUCCCAUAUUUGCGUCCAUCCCGCCGUGGGCAACGGGCUGCACGCUCGUUCUGGUCGGCUGCAUGAUGAUCCGUCAGAUCACCCAGAUUAACUGGCGGUAUAUUGGUGACGUCCUUCCUUCAUUCGUUGUUAUGACGUUCAUCCCGUUCUCCUAUAGUGUCGCCUAUGGCCUGAUUGCGGGCGUCUUUGUGUACACUGUUCUAAACGGCCUCAUUGGCCUGACUGUGUGGCUCUCUGGAGGUAGGCUCGAGCCCCGUGAGUACGACGCCAAGGAGUACUGGUCCUGGAGGAGUUCCGGCAAGAAGCCUUGGUUCUAUCGUGCCGUUCGCACCAGCUGCUUCAGCAAUGGUGACAUGGACAGCAAGCGGCAAUUCAACAUACAGGAUGACCAUGACAGCACCUAUGCUGCGGGCUCGCGUGCGGGCUCGCGCGUGGGUUCAUCGCAUCAAAAGGAUGACGGUGUUCACAUGGUGACGAUCCCACAGCGUGCGGUCACGCCGGGAUCUGUGCACUGA